UUGUACAUGCUGACCCACACCCCACAAGGGCAUUGCAUACGACUUAGAGGACAGAAGCUAUUAGGUUAUGGGAAAAAAAACAUUCUGCUGCUAUCCAUUGAAUACUAUGCUUCGAAUCCUAUAAGUAUAGCUACGGAUCCCUUUUUUUCCUCUUUGUUGCUGUUUUAUUUUCUCGGCGCUCCUUUCCGUGCUUAUCCCCCCGUCUAAGCUAUUUACUUACACUUCGGUGUAUAUCGACCCGUUAAUUCGACCCUGACAUCCUCAACACUAUCGAUUUCGACUUUUUGCCACUUCAAUCAAAAAGCAUGACCGUCUCGAGCAGCAGCGCGGCCAAUGGUCACACGACCACAAGACGGCCACUACCAUGUGGUAUCUAUGCUCCCACCAUGACCUUCUUCGAACCCGAGACCGAAGAGCUCGACAUCCCCACCAUCAAAAACCAUGCCGAGCGUCUAGCUAAGGCCGGACUGGCUGGUCUAGUUACUAUGGGCUCCAAUGGAGAAGCCAUUCACUGUACCCGCGAAGAGAAGGUGGCGGUGACCCGCGCUACCAGAGAAGCUCUAGAUGCCGCGGGUUUCACCGAAACACCUAUUAUCGUUGGAGCUACGGAAGGGAGUGUCAAGGGAACCAUUGAACUUAGCAAGCAAUCCGCAGCGGUGGGCGGAGAUUAUGUGCUACUACUACCCCCAAGUUACUUCCGUGCCCAAAUAGACGAAGAAGCUAUAGUCGGUUAUUUUACCGCAGUCGCAGACGAGAGUCCCUUACCAAUCGUCCUAUACAACUACCCUGGCGCUGUUGCCGGUAUUGAUAUGGACUCGGACCUCCUUAUCAAGCUUGCCGAACACCCAAACAUUAUUGGGACCAAAUUCACGUGCGGUAACACCGGCAAACUUACCCGUGUAGCCCAAGCUACAAACGCGAAAACCCCCACCUCGGAAGGUAGUGGAUAUAUGGCCUUCGGCGGCAUAUGCGACUUCACUGUCCAAACACUAGCAUCGGGAGGCAGUGGAAUCAUUGCGGGCGGUGCCAAUGUCAUGCCUAAGGUAUGCGUUAAAGUAUGGGACCUAUACGUCGAAGGAAAGAUAGAGGAAGCGAUCAAAUUGCAGAAGGUCCUCUCACGAGCGGACUGGUUCUUGACUAAGGCGGCGAUCGCGGGCACCAAACAAGCUAUUCAAAGCUAUUUUGGCUACGGCGGUUACCCUCGGCGCCCUCUGAAGCGUCUCGAGAAGGCCAAGGUCGAAGCAAUCGCCGAAGGAAUACGGGAUGCGAUGGAGAUCGAGAAGUCAUUGUGAGAGGAUAGGAAAACGGGUUACCGGGAAUUUGUCUAUGAAACCCGCAGGGACUGGCUAUAUGCCGUCGAUAUUAGCCGCGUGGCUCGUUGAUGAUCCCCUUAUUCUUGGAAAGUGCGGGGUUUGAUUCCGGGGCGACGGAUGAGGCUCUUGGAGGGUGGAAACACUCAGCUCGCAAUUUUCUCGAAUGGCCAGACUGCUUUAACGUGAGUGGUUGCACACAGACGAAUACAGAACCAACACACGAAUAUUACAAUACGUUUUACUAAAUUGACGACUCUCU